AUGGCUGCCUUUGCCCGCCUGCUGGAGCGUCUCCUCUGGCCAGCUCGCGAAAAACAGGAGUCAGAAGAAGAGGAGGAGGGGCACAGGGCUCAGCACGGGCCUCAGUUGCUCCUGGACGCGCCGCGAUGCGUCCAGCGGCCGCACGGGGGUGCGGCCGCGUCUUGUGGCCUGCGCUUCGGGGCGAGCGCUGUGCAAGGCUGGCGCGCGCACAUGGAGGACGCGCAUUGCGCUUGGCUCGAGCUGCCCGGGCUACCGCCAGGCUGGGCAUUCUUUGCGGUCCUCGACGGCCACGGCGGGGCGCGAGCUGCCCUCUUCGGCGCACGCCACCUGCCGGGCCACGUGCUCGAGGCACUGGGCCCAGCGCCUGGCGAACCCGAGGGAGUGCGCGGGGCGCUACGCCGAGCCUUUCUGAGCGCAGACGCACGGCUGCGUGCGCUCUGGCCUCGGGGCGAGCCGGGGGGCUCCACCGCCGUGGCGUUGCUCGUCUCCCCGCGAUUUCUGUACCUGGCGCACUGCGGUGACUCCCGAGCGAUGCUGAGUCGCGCCGGCGCCGUGGCCUUCAGCACCGAGGACCAUCGGCCCCUCCGGCCCCGGGAACGCGAGCGCAUCCACAACGCGGGAGGCAUCAUCCGCCGCCGGCGCCUUGAAGGCUCUCUGGCAGUAUCCCGAGCGCUGGGCGACUUUGCUUACAAAGAGGCUCCGGGAAGGCCCCCUGAGCUGCAGCUCGUUUCCGCGGAACCUGAGGUGACCGCCCUGGCUCGCCAGGGUGAGGAUGAGUUCUUGCUAUUGGCCUCCGACGGUGUGUGGGACGCGAUGUCUGGCGCUGCCCUGGCGGGACUGGUGGCAUCGCGCCUCUGCUUGGGCCUGGCCCCGGAGCUUCUCUGCGCGCAGCUACUGGACACGUGUCUGUGCAAGGGCAGCCUGGACAACAUGACCUGCAUACUGGUUUGCUUCCCCGGGUCCCCCAGGCCUUGUGAGGAGGCGAUCAGGAAGGAGCUAGCGCUGGACGCAGCCCUGGGCCGCAGGGUCGCCGAGCUGUGUUCCUCUGCUCAGGAGCCCCCCAGCCUGAACACGGUUUUCUGGACUCUGGCCUCAGAGGACAUCCCAGAUUUACCUCCUGGGGGAGGGCUGUACUGCAAGGCUGCUGUCCUUGCUGAAGCUUAUUCUCAGCUCUGCCAGGCCUCGGGACACCACUGGCAGAAAGUCUUAUGA